UAUUACAUAUUUUAAAAGUGCUGUUCAGAGAGAGUAAAGUGUGAACAAGAGGACAGGACAACAACAAAAUGAUGCAGUAUCUGUGCUCAUCUAAGAAAGGCAGAACUGGAAUAGAAUUUCUCCAUUAUACAAAGAAAAUACAUUAAGUUGUAAUAAUUUUCUGCAGCUUUAGAGAGCAAACCCAGAGAAGAAUCCUUUCUUUUUUAUUUGAGAAUUGAACUUAUGAAGAUCUUUUAAUGCAAACAGGUUUGUUUGCAAUUUAUUUUGCCUAGAAAAUUGUUACCAUUUCUAUUAAAACUUGAGAAGCCAAGUACUUUUUCUACUCAGCUUUUAUAUUGUAAAUUAGAUUAUACAUAACUCGUUUCAUUGUUGUCUGUGUUCUCCUUACUUUUUUUUUAGGAUAUUGUCAUAGAUAAUUUUGUAAUCCUUUUUCUAAUAUCACAAAUUUCACUUUUUGCAUAAUCAGAAAUAUCUACUUUUGCAUAUCCCAUUAGAAAUUUACCAUAACUAUAUGGGGCUAAAACAAUCUCCUGUUUGGAAAUCAGAAUAAAGACAAUAGAAAUUUUUCCCAGUAGAUCAAUUUCUAUGUAUUGAAUUCUAGACUUUUACUUUUGUUUUCCUUACUCUAAAAUAAUAUUUUUCCAGAUGCCUAAGAAAUUGUGGAUGUAUUUGUCAAAUUAUUUUUUGUCUGAUGAAAAAUGCAUCUGAGCAUGUCAUUAUUAUCAUAUUUCCAAGAAUUAAUAUGUAGACAUGUCUGUCAGAACUUACAUAAUAUUUUUCAAGAGAGGAAAAAAGAUUGAACCUUCAGGGAACAGUUUACUUAGAACAUCUAAGAAAUUUCUGCACUGUAAAGCACUGUUUUGCUGGUGUUAUUUUUUAAUCACAAGAUAUACAGUUUUCCAUGGAUGCUUAGUGGUAUUGUAAAUUUCCUAGACAAGAAGGAUUUAUACAGAUAAUGGACACAUUCACCUGACAGUGUCAUUGAGACCUGUGCAUUCUCUUACCUCAGUAAAUUGAGAUUGCCGACUUCUGAUAGCUAAGUUUAGCUUACUUUCAGUGAAGAACACCUCCCUAGAGAAUGCUUCGCAUUUGUUUUUUCUCUUCUUUUAUUUCUUCAGGACAGAGGUUUCAUAUGACAAAAGCAUUUUCAAUUUAUUUUUCCCCUCUUCCCACUUAUCUCAAAGAUCUGGCCCUUUGAUUUUUGCCCAGUGAUGGAGAAUAUUCUGGAACUGGAAUAAAGAUAAUACAGCCAGUAUUCUAACAAAGCGAAGGAGAUACAGUCGAACCACUCAAGAUAUCUAUUACCUCCCAGUUUUGAUUUCUGAUGGUGGCAUGCCCCCUCUCAGCAGCAGCAGUACCCUCACCAUCCGGGUUUGUGCCUGUGAGAGAGAUGGACGAGUGAGAACUUGUCAUGCUGAAGCUUUCCUCUCCUCGGCUGGCUUGAGCACAGGAGCUUUAAUUGCAAUCCUGCUCUGCAUUGUCAUCCUUCUUGCAAUUGUGGUCCUUUUCAUCACCCUAAGACGUAGCAAGAAGGAGCCUUUGAUCAUUUCAGAAGAAGAUGUGCGGGAAAAUGUUGUGACAUAUGAUGAUGAGGGAGGUGGAGAGGAAGAUACAGAAGCAUUUGACAUCACAGCACUGAGGAAUCCAUCUGCUGCUGAAGAGCUAAAAUACCGGAGGGAUGUUCAUCCUGAAGUGAAGCCUCUGUCCAGGCAUCAUCCCUCCUCAAGCCUUGACAGUAUAGAUGUUCAGGAGUUCCUUAAUCAAAGACUAGCAGAGGCUGAUCUGGACCCCAGUGUGCCCCCCUAUGACUCCCUGCAGACAUAUGCCUAUGAGGGUCAUAGAUCAGAAGCUGGGUCUAUCAGCUCUUUGGAUUCAGCAACGACACACUCUGACCAGGAUUAUAAUUACCUUGGAGACUGGGGACCUGAGUUCAAGAAGCUAGCUGAACUCUAUGGGGAAGUAGAACCAGAAAGAACAACUAAGUUGUAAUUCCCAGAACAGAGAAGUUCCUAAAUAACUGGACAGAUAAUGAUAACAAUGGUAACAAAAAAGUGAAUACUGUACUUGGAACUGAGUAAAUUGUAUGCAGUUACUGUAGAACAAGUGCCCUUUUCAUAUUUGAAACUGGGUUCUCCAAUUAAAAGAAAGUCAAAUCUUGGAAAAUACAGAAAAAAAUCUAUUGUCCCUUGUGUAUUUUUUUAAAUUGCUCAUUAAAAUGUCUGGUAUCUUAUCUACAACAAUGCCUAAAGUAAAGCCAAGAAAUGGCAUUUUUAUUGCAAUAUGCAUAACAGCUCCAAGUUACAGUAAGUUUAUGGUCAUGUCUGUUUGAGAAGAGAGCUAACAGAAGAUCAAAUCUCUUGCAGGUGAUUGUGAUGUUGCAUUUCUAGCUGUGCUCUAGGCCUUGCGAUCCCAACAUGAGGUAGACAAUGAGGUUUAUUAUCAGUAUGAGAAGUGCUGUCAGUCUGUUUCCUUUACAGAGGUGAUAAGCCACACUUCUCCUCUUAAAUAAAUGGUCCUUUGAUGAUUUAAUCUUAUUGACUUAGCAGGUUGCAUUGAGAAGCUGUCAUUUCAUUAUGUCCUUCAUAAUCUUGUCGUCCAUAACCAGCUAACAGAUGGAGGACAUCAUUAUCUGUAGCUCAAACUCUAGCCCAUAACCCCAGACCUGCUCUGUUACUAAAUGCUAGAGGAACGGUUGUUUCCAGUAUUGUGCUUUUUCUUUUUGUCUUUUCAUGGGAACAUAAUUCAUCUAAAUGGAAUAGGCCCAAAGUACUCUUUAUGCAGCUAAGCAGAUGAAGCAUAGGCUUUUUCAAUAAAAACAAAAAUGGCGGCAUCAUUAAACUAUGUGGGGUUUUUUGGUUCACUGUGCUUCACUUAUAUCAAGAGCUGAAGCUUUUUAAAUCUUUUACUGGUCUGAGUCCAGAAGCUACAACAGUCUGUUUAAAACUCAGAGUUCUUAAUCACAAUGUUUUUCUAUUUCUGUGUGUGAUUAAAAGCAAAAUAGAGCUGCUGGUAAUACACUGGUAUAGCAAAAAUUGAAGCAAGGAUAAUAAGAUGAUUAUGCUUUUUUCUUUUAAAUUCAAUCUACUGAUAUCUAUUUUUUCUUAGAAUAAUUGCCACCUCAGAAGAACAACAUGUUUUUUUCCCUAUUUCAAGCAUCAUGGAAACAAGAGCAUUUUAAGUCAGUGAAGGAAAUAUCCCAUUACUGUGGUUCCUAUGGAUUAAAUAAAUUGAUUUUUUACAUUAGUAACUUUGUAGCAUUGCAGAAAUGAUAGUUCUCCUUAACACAGCAAGGUGCUUAACACCUAAUCCAGCAAUUAUUUUUUUUCUUUUUUUAGCAUUACAGCAGCAGAACUGCUAAACAGUUCUGCUUACCAUAACAGCCUGAUUAGCUCCUCAUCUGACAGCUUCUGAUUUUUCCUUUCCUUUGUUAGGAAUUUUAACCUUUUCUUUGUCUUUCUGGUGAUAAUACUGUGAGCGGACUAGAAACUGGGUUUCUGACCUAUAAUACUCACGAUCACUAUCAACAGUCCUCUGCUUCUAAUUCUAAUUCCAUUUUAGGCAAAUUGACUUCUUCCAGUAUGCGUUUGAUUGGAAAACUAUCCAGAGUAGAAGUUGUGUACUUUUUUUCUUACUCUGUGGCUUGGUGUGUAGAGUGAUACAAAUUUGAAUGCUGCCCUAGAUUCCUCGCUCUGCAUUUUAGGUGCAACUUAUAUCCACUUAUAUUCAGCUUAGUAAAGAAGGGUGUAUAUUUAUUGCUGAUCUACUGUAGGCCACACAGGUGAACUAGAUAAUUAAGCCUUCUUUUCUUUACUCUAUAGUUGGAUAGGUCCUAGACAUAACUGAAAUUUUUGAUCAGUUUAUUUUGAAGAGUUGUUUUUUUUGUUUUUUUCCUGAGCUGUAGUUGACUGCUUUUGGUUUAAACAGCCUUCUGGAAAAAAUAGAAAGUAUCUUUGUAAGCAACUUUUACACUCUAUAAAGUAUUAGUUGUACUGUAGUUCCAGAAUUGUUUUUUUUUACACUACUUUGUUUAAAAAUCGUAAUUACUCUUCUCUCUUUCAGAAUAUGAACCCACAGGAAAAUUUAGUAUGGAAAAACACCUGAACCCUAAAAUAUUCUCCUGAUGAUUUGAAAGUAGUUUAAUAAUUUCUGUUAAAUUUUUAUAUACUUUCAUGAAAUACAGAAUCUUUUAGAAAAGCAUUCAAGGAGGCAUUCUUACUGUAGAGUGAAGUUAGAUGCAGUUAGAGUUACACACAAGCUGAGAAUGGUUGUCUUUUAUUGUCUUUUUGGGGGUAGAACUAGGAUAUGUUUCAGUUUUGUCCCAAAUAAAGCAACUAGUAUUGUGGGAUUUUAUUAGGAUAAAUUUUCUUUUUAUUUAAGUCACACUUGCUUUACGCCAACAUCUAAAUUUUUAUACUGUAUGAGUAGUGUGUUAAAAACAAAAUGUUUCAGCAUUACUAGUACCAUAAUACUUUGUAUCACAGCUGCAUGAAAAUUGCAUUCAUUGUUGUAUAAUAGUUUUGAGAACUAGUAUUAGUUAUCUUUAUGCCUAUUCCCUCUGUCUCUACACCAAAGUAAGGGAAAUUGAUUGUAUUUUUUGUUUAAAGCAAUGUUCAUGCUGUUGUUUUUUUUUUAUUUACAUCACAGAAUGGUCAGGUUUACAGGCAACAGAAGUGUAGUGACAAGCAAAUAGUCACUCCUUACACUAAUGGUCAGUUUAAGUUAAUUAUAUUGCAGAGAAAUAAUAUUUCACUUUUCUCCAUUCCUGGUGCUGUCUUUGCUGCUAUACAGCACAUUCAUCAUACCCAGGAAACCUGAAUCCUUUAAAACUUUGCAGGGUUAUUGAGACACUGCUUCUGUGAUGCUGCGGUGUGUCCUGUUUGGUACGUCCUAUCCACAGUGAUUGCCAAAUGUGCUUUUCUAUCAUGAUAUGUCUGCAUGAUUGCUAUGCUUUCUGUGUUUUAUUCAAAUACACAUCACAGUGUCGUGUUUGCAUGACAAAUAACAGAAUAUUAAAUCUUCAGGGCCACAGAAGAAGGCCUUACAGUGCAGAAAUAACAACUUUACAAUUUUAUAACCCCUUUGAUCCUUUGUAUCCUAAAAUCAAAUUUAAACUAUAUUUGAGAAAUUCUAUGUUGACCUAGAUUCUGUGUUGACCUUCCUAGAAGUGGAAGAAAAUUAACACUGGAUCGCACAAUCAUUUUGUAGCAUUGCUGAUUUAAAAAAAGCAUAUAUUCAGUGAAAGUAUUGUGGGAAUUUUUUUCUCAGUUUAUGGUUAAAUCUCAUAAUAUACACUAUGCUUAAAGCUUUCAUGGAUCUUUCUUGUACUGAUAUUCUCAAAUAUUUUCCUAUUAGCAUAAAUAGUAAUCCCAUUGCUGCUGAACAACUAAUAUUGAAAGCUGCCAGUUUGACUUAAACUGAGAAUACUGAGUAAAGUUAAAUGGCACAUGCAAAGUGAUACUUAAGGGCUUUUCUAUUUACAGUUUUAUUUCUACAACAACCAUUCAAUUAAUAGUACAUUUCCACCAAAAUAAUUAGCUGCAUUCCUUCAAAUGCAGCUUCAAAUUCCUUCAAAUUCCUUCAAACCCUCUUUCUUGUAAUGGUGAGGGCACUCAGUAAACUGUAAUCUUGACAAGUCAAAAUAAUCUGAAAAAAUGGUCAGUAGAAGAAUUGUAAAAUGUGAAACUAAAUUGUCAAAUUAAAACCCAUCAAAAAUGUAGUUUAAGGCACUUUAAAGACAAGGAGGAGCUUGAAUUCAACUGGCAUUAGAUUAAGAUUCGUACAUUGAAAACAAAUUAAUUUGUUUAUCAGGGUUACCUUUUAAUGCAUACAUAUAGACUACUGUAAAUUUUAAAAGUAACUUCAUUCUGUUAUGCACUUUAUUUUUUUGCAUUCUUCUUAGAAAACUGAAAUAACUGCAAGCAUUUUUGAGUUUUAAUUCUAAUUUAUGCAGUUGUUUAAAUUGUGACUACUUUAAGAAAAUGCCUAUGGGAAAGUAUUAUUUCUGAUAUUUAAAUGGAAUUAUAAAAUUUUUGUGGUCUAAGAAUUUUUUAAAACAUCCUUUAGAAAAUGUAAUUAUUGGACCAGUCUGAAAUUAACCAAACUCAUAAGCUCACAAAAGGGUAACAAAGGGAAUAUUCUGAAUGAAAAAAAGGAUAUGAAAAUAUGCUGCCUAGCAUUAAUUUGUGGAUUAUUAUAAAAUGUUAAAACCUUGUAUUUGCAGUAUAUAUAAAUGGCGCAGUGCAUUCUAAGGAGCAUUAUAAGUGUGUUACCACUUUUGGACCAUUCAUAUUUUUCCAAAAUCUCCAAAAAUAUAUAUUUUUUUUUAAACAAAAGAGUAAUGUAAAGUAUACCUCCUUAUGCAAGUGUUAUUGAUAGAAAAUUGUUACAUUUUCUUUUAAUAAACAAAAGGGACAAAAUAUUUUUUUUUUGUAUUUUUCAAAUAAAAUGUUCUCUUUGCUAUGGUGAUGGGUUAUUGUAUUCCUCAUCACAACCAGAAUGUGUUAUUUUGCCUUCACUUCUGUAUUCUGUACUCACCAAGGAACAAAAACAUCUACAGACACUCCAUCUUUACGACUCAGGUGUGACAUAGUUGUAUUAAUGAAGUCAAUGUCAGAAAUGGGAUGGGAAGCUGAACUGGAUCUGUAAUGCCUGAUAUAGUCCCUUGGUUGUGCCACUAUUUCAAAGACUGUCUCACAUGAUUAUUGCUACAGAUGGAUAGGGGUGGAGAGAGACACCAUAAGAUACUUUAGAACAGAUUGCAGUAUAGCUGCUAAAUGGUUCUUUACUUGUGACUACUGUUCCUCUCCAACCAUCACUGUCCUGAAAUAGAAUGCUAUAGGAUGAAUGCAUUAUCCACAUGAGUGAAUUGGGGAAUUGCACAUCUAUGAAUCCAAAUUGGUGGUAAAAGCCAUGGUUAUGAUCCCAAGUUGACACAGAAGGCAAAAGUAGACAAGGACAUUUACAAUGGUCAAGUUCAGGCACAUGUAAUAAAAGUGAACAGGAAUCAAUCACUCUUUCUCAAAGGAAUUGACAGGCUUUAUCAACAAAUGACAUCUAAGAAAAUAAUGACACCAUAGCUCACAACAAACUUGCUGCAAACAAGGCUGUCUUUCCCAAACUGUUUUAAAAUUCAAACAUAAAGCGAGGGUAGACAGGAAAUGAAGAUAGAAUGCUCUUGUUGAACCCCACUUACUCUACUUUAAUGUCCAUGAGUCAAUUUAGAUUGUGUACCACCAUACUAUGCAAUUUUCACAUGUGUCUCACCACAAACAGAGAAAAAAAAAUUAUGGUAAGAUAAUAUUUGCAAGAUAACUGUUGCCAACCUGAAUUUGAAUGCAAAUUUAGGGAGGUUUUGUGGUAUUUGUUUUAGUCCUCAGUUGAAAUGUUAAAACUUUCAAAAUAAUUUUUAGAAAUAUUUUAGACAAUCUCUUAUAUUCAAGAUUGAAUUUUUUUUUGUCUUAACAAAGCUAUCAUCUUAUAUUAUCCUGAAAUUUAUUUCCAGUUUGGAGUCUAUACUACUUCUAUAUAUGUGGCAAAUGUAUCAUUUAUAUUUAGGUUCAGAGGGUCUCCAAAAGCUAGAACAUUUUGCUUGUGAGUUUAGCAGACUUCUUCUGUGGGCUUCAUGAUUCCAUGUAGCAUUUUUGUGUUUUUGCAACUCCUCACAAGUCCAUCAAGGAAGUCCCAAAGAUCCAACAGAAUUUCCACACUAGCUGUCUUGUAACCUGUUCUGUUCUGGAAGUACAUGCAACAGAGCUGAUAGGCAGUCAGUACCUGCAGAAACAUACUCAUCCAGCAGAGAUACCCUCAAAGCAAAAAUGGACAUUGGUAUUAACACUCCUAGAGGAUCAUAGGGCACAAAGACCUUGGAAGGUGAUAGAUUCCUAACAAAGUUGAAUAAAAUCAGGGUCUACAGGAACUCCCACCAUAGUGGACCUUGUCAUCAUGUGUGUUCAAUGCCCAAAUGACUGGUGAGCUCAACGGAAACUUUGUGCAGGAACAUGUAAAUAAGUGAGCUGCUCAAAUAUCAGACCUGCUGUAUCUUCUGCUAGAAUUCUAGGUGGGAAUGGGUCUGUCUUAAUACAUUUUUCAGGCUAACAGUGUCAACAUAAUUCUGAGAUAUUCUGCAGUUCUUACACACAACUUUACCUACCAUGUUAACUGUCUUGAAACAAACUGGAUUACUCUCUAUCAUAUUCUUAAGAUUAUGAAUUUUUUCUUUAAAUCUGAAUUAUAUCCUUGGUUUAAGAGCAAUUCUUCCCUUUAUUUUCUGGAACUGAUCUAGGUACAAAGCAUCUACAAUUAAAAUUCAGCCCUGUUUUGAAGUCUCAAGCACACACAUCUUAAUAGCCAGCUUCAUUAUUGGAUUUGAGCUAGCCAAAAAUCAAAUACUGCUUGUGUAUGAAAAGUAAAGCUCAUUUAUUAAGGCUAUUUUGUUUCUGCUAGUGUAGGUCUGUUGAUCAAAAACUAUGCUUGAUGUGAAAAAGUGUAUGAUCCUGAUUAUGUCAUCUAAACCACAUUUGGAUUUCUCAAAAAGAAGUACACACAGCUCAUAAUCUGUACUACUUACAAACUAUGUUAACUUUUUUUUUAAAUCAAACUUGCAUUUUCCAGAGAGUUUCAAUGCUUUGUGCAAUAUAAUUUUUUAUCUGUGAAAUGGUAACAUGGAGAAGAAUAGUCGAGAGAUCAAAAUCUUUCUAAUCUCUAGAUGUUCUAACUAUUAAAAAGAAGAAAACUUGAAAAUAUAUUUCUUUAUUGAAUUAUCAGCUCUGAAAAACAAGUUUCCUGCAUAUUGGUAACAAUAAAAAUAAUUAUAUUACUGUUC